GAGGGUCAACAAUUCAUUAAUCAAAACCAUGGCGGAAAAUAUCCAAUAAAUUAAGAAUAGUUCGUUUAAAUACUCUAUUUAUGAUUCAAACUUUAGCCCCCAUGUGCACCAAAUAUUUUCAUAUACAAAUUAAUUAGCUCUGUCCUCUCUCCUUUUGAGCUUUCAUAUUUGUUAAUGGGGAGGAAAUGCUCACACUGUGGCAUAACAGGUCACAAUUCAAGAACCUGUAAAACUCAUAAAACAAAAAAUGAUGAAAAAAGUAUUGGUAUGAAACUUUUUGGAGUGAAGCUUGAAAUACCUCCUCCUUCCAUGAAAAAGAGUUUUAGUGUUGGUUGCCUUCCGAAUUCAUCUAAAAUUUCAUCGUCAACAGAUGGAAUUAUGGCAUCUAAUUAUUGUGACAUGUUUACUGAAGAAAAGCAGGAUUACAAAGUGUCAAAUGUCUAUCUUUCUGAUGUAUUGGUUGGAAGAACUUCAUAUAAGAAAAAGGGAGUUCCAUGGACAGAGGAAGAACACGGGAUAUUUCUAGUUGGAUUGGAAAAACUUGGUAAAGGAGACUGGAGGGGCAUUUCUAGGAACUUUGUCACCACAAGGACACCAACCCAAGUCGCAAGUCAUGCCCAAAAGUAUUUUCUUCGCCAAAAUUCCCUCAAUAGAAAGAGGCGUAGACGUAGUCUCUUUGACAAGGUUGGGAUGGAUAAAUCAACUAUCUUACUGUUUGAUAAAAGGGUUGUCAAGACAAAUGGAGCCACAUCCAUUUCAUGUGAGAAGACACCAGAUGAUGAAACAAAUAUUUCCAUGAUAAAUUUCAGUACUACUUCAUCAAACAAAGAUUCAAAGUCCAGCAGUCAACAAUAUUCCAAUAUGCCAGCUACAUUAGUUGAUCUUUCAUUUAUUAAUUCAAGUACUUUUACAAGUGAUCCUAUUUCAAUUCAAGAUCCACCAAAGCCAGACUUAGAGCUCACACUUGCUGCUCCAAGGCCACUCAAUAUUCAAAGAAGAAAACCAGGUGGACUUCUUGCUGGAAGUACAAUUACUGUCGUUUGAGUAAAAUAUAAGUGCUGCUCAUAUUUCAUGUAAACCAAAUGAAACAACAUAUUAGUGCGUAUAACGUAUUAAUUAGGAAAUUAAUUAAUUAGUAGAGAAUAGAGAUGUCUAUAAAAAUAUUACAAUCUGAUAUGGCUGAUAUGUAACCUCAUAAAUGUAUGCCCUACCAGCAUCACCCUUGCCCCCCCCCCCCCCCCCGGGUAAAAUCCCCCACAAGCU